CGGUUCGACGUGCUUGACUUCGGUGCAAGUACUCAGUAGUAAACACCAAUCGGUGUAGGGCAGAACGGUGUUGGAUGAUCUUGUUGCGUUAUCACGGCAUUCGGCGGCCCGGCGUGCCGCGCAUGGAAAGGAGCGUUAUCGCGCGGGUGCGCGUGCUGCACAGUUGACAGUGCUGCACGCAUCGUUUUCUAAAGAGACACCUGCGAUCACAUUGUGGGCGCGCGGCCAAGAGACCAGAGGGGACUACCCUCCGUGCCGACCGUGUGCCACGGGUGACGGAGUCGCGCAAAGUCAUCGACACCGAGUUCAUCAGACAUAGCCUUGAACACGUCGCGUAGCCGUGCGUAAUUCUGAGGGAGGAGAACGUCUACCUUCGCGUCUACGUUUGUACGACGACGAUAUAGUCAUUCGUGGCCUUCGUCAGAAGGAUCCGUUAUCCUUACGGUGACGACAAGCCGACGAAAGUGGAAGCUAAAGCUGAUCGCGGCAGCGGGAGGAUAACAGCUGGCAGGAAGCUGAGGUUAGCAGCGAGGUGUCAUCACGCGUCACGCCGGGGUGGUGGGUCUAUGGGGGGUUCCGCCCCAGCGGUCCCCCGGCUCGAGUCCAACCGGCAACUGCCGGAACGGUGGUGCCAUCCUGGCACGGGCCAAGACCGCCCCGCUUCCGGUACCACCGUCCAAACGGAUGAAGAGUCCUUCCAACAUCAUGAGGCAGUCCAGCCUCACGAAACUUGGUUCUAUGAUCAACACCGCCGUCAACAAACGUGCCGGCAAUGGUGACAUACAAUGGUGUUUCUCACAAGUAAAGGGGACCUUAGAAGAUGAUGUUACGGAAGCUGAUAUAAUCUCAUGUGUUGAAUUUAAUCAUGAUGGUGAUCUCCUUGCGACAGGAGACAAGGGUGGACGCGUUGUUAUUUUUCAGAGGGACCCCAUUAGUAAAAACAGUAUACCACGAAGAGGCGAAUACAAUGUGUAUAGCACUUUCCAGAGCCACGAGCCUGAGUUUGAUUAUCUAAAAUCGCUAGAAAUAGAAGAAAAAAUUAAUAAAAUUAGGUGGUUAAAAAGAAAAAAUCCUGCUCACUUUUUGCUCUCCACGAAUGAUAAAACAAUCAAGUUGUGGAAGGUUAGUGAGAGAGAUAAAAGAGUAGAGGGAUAUAAUACGAAAGAGGAAAAUGGCACGAUACGUGAUCCUGCCUGCAUCACUGCCUUGAGGGUGCCAACCAUAAAACCAAUGGAGUUGAUGGUAGAGGCAUCACCAAGGAGAAUAUUUGCCAAUGCGCACACCUAUCACAUAAACAGUAUAAGUGUCAACAGUGAUCAAGAGACAUACCUCAGUGCUGAUGAUCUUAGAAUAAAUCUUUGGCACCUUGAGAUAACUGACCAGAGUUUUAAUAUAGUAGACAUUAAGCCAACUAAUAUGGAAGAAUUAACGGAAGUCAUAACUGCAGCGGAAUUUCAUCCUGCAGAAUGCAACGUGUUAGUGUACAGCAGUAGCAAAGGUACCAUUAGACUUUGCGAUAUGAGGUCUGCUGCUCUCUGCGAUCAGCACAGCAAGCUCUUCGAGGAACCUGAAGAUCCAACUAAUAGGAGUUUUUUCUCAGAAAUUAUUUCAAGCAUAAGCGAUGUAAAGCUCAGUAAUUCUGGAAGAUACAUGAUUAGUAGGGACUACCUCAGCGUGAAAGUGUGGGACUUGCAAAUGGAAACAAAACCAAUUGAGUGUUAUCCCGUACAUGAAUACUUAAGAUCAAAAUUAUGUUCAUUGUAUGAAAAUGACUGCAUCUUCGACAAAUUUGAAUGUUGUUGGAGUGGUAAUGACUCUGCGAUUAUGACGGGCUCGUACAACAAUUUCUUCAGAGUAUUUGAUCGUACGACUAAACGUGAUCUUACUUUAGAGGCAGCACGCGAUAUUGCCAAACCAAAAACGCUCCUGAAGCCAAGAAAGGUAUGCACCGGUGGUAAACGCAAGAAGGAUGAGAUUAGCGUCGAUUGUUUGGACUUUAAUAAGAAAAUACUUCAUACUGCAUGGCAUCCAUCUGAAAAUGUGGUGGCUGUCGCUGCAACGAACAAUCUCUUCCUAUUCCAAGACAAACUCUAGCAUAUCUGUAUGCAAAUUAUACAACGGUAUAUAUUGACGUGAGCUAGGCACGUGAACUGAAAACUCCCAGUGGAACCGAGUAACGGGUAUCCGAGUAAUAGUGACGAUAGUCAACUACUAGUCUGUCAGUGGUUGACUGACCGAGAAGUGGUGUACGUAGCGCCGUCCAUGCAGCUCACAUUCAUACAUGUUAUAUACAGAGACAUACCAGAAUUGUGCACAACCUCUCAUACUUUGUCGCGUGCAUAUGUGUACGAAAAGAGAGAUGUGCAACAUACGCGAAACAUACGCAUAAUUUUCUCCAGGCUAUCAAUAAAUUCGCUAGCUCAAAUAUAUCCGCAGAUGAAAAGAGACGUACGCAUUCGGCAGAAUAUGUGAUUCAAUCAAUUCGCAGACUCGUGUUGGCAGUUGAUAUAUAACUUAUGAAAUACUAAUGGUUAGUAAUUUUUUGCUUGUAUUAUAAAAAUUGUGCCAUCGCACAGUGUGUAGUCUAUAUGUAACUUCGCUACUUCGACUACCAGGGUGUUUGGUCAUCACAUUGAUGAAACGGGCGAGAAAAAACGGUGUGAAUAGAGUGGAGAUUACAAGCCGCUCUCGCUGCGAUUAUGUACAAUUCAUAUGUGAAUAUGUGGUACAAACUUUAAGUUUUCCUUAAUUAAUAUGCUUAACUAGCGAAAAAAAAAAACGAAAAAAAAGCGAAAGGGGUCAGUCGUGCCAAUGAGAUUUAUUCAUAACUAUUGUAAUGAUAUAAUUUUACUUAUUGCUAUGCGGCACUUGCGAAUUACAAAUGAGAAGAAAAAAAAAAUAUGCGAUAGUCGCCAAAGCUAAUUUUUCUUCUACAAUUACUUUGCAAUUAAUAUAGUCGAUCCGAGUAUUACUGACCUCGACGUAAGAAUACAGAGUAAGUAAAUAAGAUUUACGAAUAGUGCUUGUAGAAUCGCGAAUCAUUAUGAAAGAGUUACCAUUAUGAAUGAGUUUGACUUUCGGCAAAAGUGUAACUUGUGUCUAUACAUUAUUUGUCUACCAUUUACAAUGCGGUACCACACUUGUUAAACGCGCGUGCGCGUAGGCCUAUUUUCUCGUUAGUUUAUUCUUUAUUCUUGUCAACUAAUUGUUUGUCUCAGUCGCCAAUACGAGUCGAAAUAAUGAAUAGAAAGUAUAAUAUAAGCCGGUACCUUUCCUUAUAUAUAUAUAUAAAAAUGGAAAAACCAAAUGUUGCUGCAUUAAAUACAUCAAGCAAUAAGUGGCGCCGAUUUAAGACAAUGUAUAAUAAAAUAUCAAUUGUCAUUUUCUAAAAAAAAAAAACCAAAAAAACGUAUACCCCGAUCGGGAGAUAAACGGAAAUCGCAUAGAUGAUAUGAAAUACAGAUUUUCUAAUCUUUCUUAAUAACUUAUCGACACUCUUAUACUCCUACAGAUAUAAGCAGCAAUUUCGUACAUGGAUAAAAUAAACCUAAAAGUGCAUUUGUGACGAUGGUAAGCUGGGCUUGCAGAGUUUAUAUAAAUAAAAUAUUUGCUGAAUAAUGUACACCAGCAUAAUGUAACUUUGAUAAAUAUCCAAAACAUAAAACAGAAUAUUCAUGUUGAAAACUCACACACGCGUUUUCUACAAUCUUUUAAUUUCUUUGUAAAUACAAAUCGAUUGAUUACGCUGCGACAACUAUCCAUUAUAUUCUAAAAUUAUUAAGCAUCGAUAGACAUGUAUUGUAUGCGAAAAUAUCGAUAUAUAUAUAUAUAUAUAUACAUUGACGCUACAAAAUAUAUAAUAUGGUAUUGAUGCCGAAAAUAACAUAUAUAUACUUAUAUUGGCGAUUCAGUAAUCUAUUCUAUUAUAUGACUCAUUCAGACGACAAAAAUAAUAGCGUAAUAGAAAUAAUGAAAAAUAAAUCGAUGCAUACAUACAAACCAUAUUUUAAGUAUAUACUAAUUUUCAAUAUUGAAUCGUCUAAAAACAAUACGAUCCAUAUACGAUUAGAGAGUUUCAGAGAUAACUUUGCCUUCUUAAAUUAUGUUAAUUAUGUAUACUUAAUAAUCUAUAUUCAAAUUUCAUUUAUUUGUACAUGUAUAUUUUUUACGGGAGUUGAAUAGUAGAAUCAUUUACAAUAUUUCUAAAGAAAGUUUUGUAGAAGGAAGAAGAGAACUCGCAAUUUUUACGAGGUGAAUAUCAUAUUAUGUACGACCGAAGAUGAAGAUGUUUCUUUACAUUGCGUGUGAGUUUUAAAUAUGAAUUGUAAUAUACGUGUGUACACACACACACGCACACACACACACACACACAAUAAAUUUAUUUCUACAAUAAAAACUAUUAGCGUAAAAAACUUGCUUCGUGAUAAGAAUAAAGUUGCAGAUUUACAGACAAGAUUUGAAAUACAAUGAAAAAAAUAUGCAUAUGGAAUGUAAUUUUUUAUGGUGAAAAUAAUGCGCGAAUGUUUCUUCAUAUUGGACGAAUUGCUUGGACGAUCAUCGGUUUACAGAAAUACACGAAAAAAGUUUAAGAUUAAUAAGUUUGAUGUACAAAUCAUUUUGAAAUAUUGGAAAAGUAUUUUUUAGGAUCUCUUAAUUGUCGAUGUGUGAGUCGAUGGGUGCAGGAAGAAUCGAGGUGAAAGCGAAUAGUUUUAUAAAAAAGAUAAGGAGGCGAUGAUGACCGGAUUAUAUCUAAAGUUGAUUUGAUUACAUUUGUGAUUAAGAUCGUGAUUUAAAUUAAUUUUUUAAGUAAUAUUGACAAUUUAUUUGAGAGCCUACAUAAUUGAUAAUUAAAAUGUUUAAGUGAAAAAUAGUUUUAAUUGUAUAUUUCGAAUCGAUUCAUUAUUCAUUAUUCAUUUGAGCGAUUUUUUUGUUCAGAUAUCAUUUAAGUUACGACCACAAAGACUUUUUGGAUAUCUUGUGCGCUGUUUUUCCAGGGCCAAUAAAUUGCGUAUUACUACGUUUCUUGUAA